CAGCCGGAGCCCCCGACCCCCGGACCUGGGUCACUGGCGGGCCGAGGGGCAGCGCGAGCGCAGUCUGGGAGGGGGACGGAUGGCAAGCCACCUGCCCUCCUGCCGCAGGCUUAUCUGUAUCCCUUGGUACUUUGGGGGAAACUAAGGACCCAGGAAGCACCCUCCCUCCUCUGCAGGACUCGCCGCCUCCUCCUCUAGUGCCCCAAGGUGACCCCGUGGCACCUCUGGUAGCGAAGGGAGCUCGAGGCAGAGAACCCGGCCUGGGACGAGAUGAAGCUCAUUAUCCUGGACCACUAUUCCCAGGCCAGCGAGUGGGCGGCCAAGUACAUUAGGAACCGCAUCAUCCAGUUUAACCCAGGGCCUGACAAGUACUUCACCUUGGGGCUCCCCACCGGGAGCACCCCACUUGGCUGCUACCAGAAGCUGAUCGAGUACUAUAAGAAUGGAGACCUUUCCUUUAAAUACGUGAAAACCUUCAACAUGGAUGAGUAUGUGGGUCUGCCUCGAGAGCACCCGGAGAGCUACCACUCCUUCAUGUGGAAUAAUUUCUUCAAGCACAUUGACAUCCACCCUGAAAACACCCACAUCCUGGAUGGGAACGCAGCUGACCUGCAGGCCGAGUGUGCUGCUUUUGAGGAGAAGAUCCAGGCUGCAGGCGGGAUCGAACUCUUUGUUGGGGGCAUCGGCCCGGAUGGACACAUUGCUUUCAACGAGCCGGGCUCCAGUCUAGUGUCCAGGACCCGUGUGAAGACCCUGGCCAUGGACACCAUCCUGGCCAAUGCUAGAUUCUUUGAUGGCGAUCUUGCCAAGGUGCCCACCAUGGCCCUAACAGUGGGCGUAGGCACUGUGAUGGACGCUAGAGAGGUGAUGAUCCUCAUCACAGGUGCACACAAGGCUUUUGCUCUGUACAAGGCCAUCGAGGAGGGCGUGAAUCAUAUGUGGACUGUGUCCGCCUUCCAGCAGCAUCCCCGCACCGUGUUUGUGUGUGACGAGGAUGCCACCUUGGAGCUGAAAGUCAAGACCGUCAAGUAUUUCAAAGGUUUAAUGCUUGUUCAUAACAAGUUGGUGGACCCCCUGUACAGUAUCAAGGAGAAGGAAAUUCAGAAAAACCAGACCACUAAGAAGCCAUAUAGCGACUAGCCUGUACCAACUCACCGAGUACCUCAGAGGAACAGGCAGGUCUCUCUGGAACUUGUAAGAGAGUAGAAUUACUUCGCUUCAGUUCCCUACGGUCGCUGCAGACCCGUGGCUAGGCACAUACUGGCUGGGGAGUUUAGCUAUGGGGAACAUUGUUUAUACCUUCUUUUUCAGUCCUGGGGUUUGAACCUAGGGCCUGGCAUAUGCCAGGUAAGUGUUCUACUAACUUAGCUGUGUCCCCAACCUUCUGCGCCUUUUCGUGAUUUAUUUUUGUAAAAUAGAGAUGAUUUCCAUCAUUGACUCAUUAUACCCAAGUGAGGGCUCUCACCUCUUCAUCCCUACACACAUGGCCAACACACUCCCGUCGAGAAGCCCUGACUGUAUGUGUGCUUGCUCUUGAGUGGGCUUGUGCACUUUGGAGUCUUGAGAGUCCCUCUUCCACAGGUUUGCUCAUUGAGAACCUUUGUUCUGAAGAACACACUUGCAGAACCUGAAUUGUGCACAAGGAAGCACCUUUCCUGUAGGAACCAAGUCCCUUAGGGAGAAGCUUAUCCCUUGCUCCCAUUGCCGGGAUCUUCUCUUCUUGCUAUCAACAGCUAGCCUUUCUGUAAACAGACUUUCUGGGUAGAUUUGGACAUGGGGUGAGGGGCUAAGGUGGCUUUCAUAGAUAAACUCAGAGUUUCCAAAGUCCAGCCAUGUCUUGUUCUCCCUCAAAGUUCCAACACGAGAAAGGUGGAAGCCCUUUUCCCAUCAGAGCUGUUUUUCUCGAAGGAUUCUUAUACACUCCCUAGUAAGGAGGUCCACUCGGGUGGUAGACAUGCCCAUGAUUUCAGUGUUGUUUACCCAAGAUGGAGAGCCGGCACCCGCACAUAUGUGCUCUCCUGCUUCCUCAGAGCUGAGCGACAAGAUUACACACAGGCUCCUCACUUACACCACCUGUGAUCCCCCCCACCUCUCAGGCUUGCGAGGUGUCCUCAGAUGGUCUCAGCAUCAGAAAUACAACCCUUGCCUACUUGUCCUUCAAGCCCCCUUUCCAGGCUCCUCUGCUCCCCCUGUGUUUAUAUUCUCCAGCCUCCGUGGAGUGGUCACUGCCUCCUGCUUUGUCUUUGUACCUGUUGAAGCAACAGCUGCCUAUUCCCAGGACAGGUUUUGAGGUCCUGGCAGCCCCUCUAGAAUCCAGGGACAGGUUUUGAGGUCCUGGCACCCCUCUGGAAGCACUGUGUUUAGUACCAGCAUUUUGUCUCGUUUUUAUAUGUGACCAUGCUGUCAUUCUUUGCUAAGAUAAUGGAUCAGUAGACUUUACAAUGUGAUAUUUUCUAUUAAAUCUAAUAUUUUCAAAUAA